GCCUGUCUCCCCUCAGCUUGUUGAAGUGAAGUACUCAAACCCAAUGAAGAUCAACAAAGAAAUUCCCCACCCAAUCCAUCCACAGCACAAGCUAAAGCUUGAAUAUACAGAGAUAUCAUUCAACUGUGACGGCUGUAAGGAAGCUGGCAUUGGCCUCAAAUACAGCUGUCAGCAAUGCGAUUUCGAUUUGCACAAGGCAUGUGCUAUGCCAUCUCCUACCAUUACUCAUCCCUUUUAUACAAAAUGUGAGUUCCAAUUCCACUAUGAACCCCCUGGGGAGCAGAUGAGGAUAUGUGAUGCAUGUAGAAACGCUGUUCAGGGCUUUGUCUACAACUGCAAGGGAUGUGGUUUUGAUCUUCAUCCUUGUUGUGCAAACCUCCCUCAAGUCUUGGAUGAUGGAGAACAUAAUCUUUACCUGUGCCUCAAGCUGUCUAGCUCAUGCCAUCACUGCGGUGGCAAAGGACCUGGAUGGUCCUACAGGUCUCAAUGCAAGAGUUAUAAUCUUCAUGUCUCGUGUGUUAAAGAGUUGCUAGCUGAAAGUUGGCAAGCCAUGUAUUUAAAUGCUGAUAGGAACAAGGUCAGGGAGAUGCAGACCAGGAUUCCAAGCCUCAAGCGAACACUGAAAACCCAUCAUGGGGGAGGAGGGGGAAAGGUAAAGAAAUGUUGUCAGAUGGCUGGUGGGGCUGUUCGUCUUAUUGUCUCUGCCAUUCUUGGCGAUCCUACUGCUAUAAUUGCUGCAGUUGUGGCAGGCUUUAUGUCCAAAUAGCAAGGGCCAGAAGACCAAAUUAGCAGUAUGCUUAAUGCAUCAAAAAGCUCGUGUAAGCUCAAGUCUGUAAGGGGUUCGGGUCAAGGAUGUCAAUUUAUUAUGUCUCAAAGUAUAACAUGAUUUGCAUAUGCAUUAAAAUUCUAGUCCCAGAUGAAAACAUGUAUAAGGUCUUGAUUUGUUGUGCAUUCUAGAAUUUUCUUCGCUCUCUGUUCUUAUUUGGAAUAGUCUAUAAGAAGGAAUAUGGUUGUUAUGGAAUCAAUGGUAGACAAUUUUAAUGAUUUCCACAUUCUGCAAACUACAGAAAACAUCCUCAAGGACCUGUCUUUAAUUGAAUUGGAAGCCACCCAACAGCUGGUUGAGUGCGCAGAUAACAAGGUGGUUUGUCAAAGUAAUGGCUCUGGUUUGACAGUA